AUGAAGAUCAAGAAAAAACAUGUCGAUUUGUCAGCGAUAAGCCAUUAUUUAAAGUGUGGACAAUACCCUGAUGGGUUAUCCGAUUCAGACAAGCGCGGUGUAAGGAAGCGCUCCAAGGACUUUAGACUAAAAGAUGGCGCGCUUUAUUUUGUUCGGGAUCCUCGAAGCGGUGAUUCCAGCGGCGGAGAAAGUGAUUCUGGAGAGAAAACUCCAUCAUCUUCAUCUGAUUUAGUUUGGCGCAAAGUAUUGCAUCAACCUGAGAUAAUCCGAAAAGCUUUCCUCGAAUGUCACGUGGACGAUCAAGGAAAUCAUCGAUCUUAUGACAAAACACUAAAGGAAUUCAGUGACCUUUACUAUUUGGCUAAAACCAUUGAGACUGUCCGGACAUACAUCAAAGAAUGUCCAGUUUGUCAAGCAUACCGGCAUGGCACCAGUGUUCAGAAUACACCUGCAGGCAAGACUCCGUCUGAGAGAGAGGAGCAUGUGGCUGAGCUUAUGGCUGCUCUUCCAUUCUCAGAGAAUAUUGGAGAGGUUAUCACUCACUUUUGGCAAAAGGUUGAAGUCGAUUUGUUUGGUCCCUAUAAGGUGAUUGGUGGUAACUUGGCAUAUGUUGUUAUUUGUCUGGAUUCUUAUUCCCUAUGGCCAGAGGCAAAAGUAAUUGAAUAUCAAGAUGACAUUAUUCCUGUGGCAGAAAUUUUACACUUUAUUCUUAGCCUUGUUGCCAGAUAUGGCAUGAUGCAUACGCUUACAUUCCGGAAGGAAUCUUUCAGCCGUAAAGACAUCAAUGGACGUUUUGACCUCCUCACAGAUGAAGAGAAUACCAUUGACGUAGAAUUUGGUGGCUGUCAAGAUACAGAUGUUAUCUGGAAAGACCUGGAAUGUGAUAUUGGUAAAUUUGCUAAAAACUAUCCAAGAGAUUGGAGCAAAUGUAUAGAUUUAUGCCUGAUGCCUCAUCGAAUAAGCCGUCCAGAAAUGGCUGAGUAUACGCCAGCAUUUCUGGUGCACAACAGAGAACCGCGUCUUCCAACUAGUAUUUCUCAUCGGCAAGCAAACAGUGAUUUGGACCCUAACCUGACUGAAGUGCAGAUGCGUGCUACUCAGUCUCGAUUAAUGAAGGCCAGCAAAGCCCUAUCAGAGAUUUAUUUAACUGGCACCCCUGAGAAGGCUUCCUCUAAUGCCGACUCUCCAAUGCUUUACUAUUCUCCAGAUGAAGAAGAUUUAGCUGAGCCUGCCACUCCUCUCUCUACACCAGCAAUGAAAGACAUAAAUGGUAAAUUGAAUCAUUCCAACAUGGACACAUCUACACCUCUUGAUCCACCUGCCUCUUCAAAUAAGAAGGCAACUACAGCAUUGACUGUCACUCCGACUUCAACUAGAUCCAAGAAAUCAGUUACUAUUGCUGAGGAAAAAUCUACCAAGUCACAGCGGGGUCGUGGAGCUUCGACCCGAUCGACCCGUAGGCAUGUUGUUAAUCGUUAUUCACCAAAGAAAGGGAAUAAUCGCAAAAAAAGAGAAAACAGAGAUGUUCCAUUAGACGAUUACUAUUCAGCCUUGAAGCUCUAUGUUCAACAUAAACGAUAUCCUGCAGGUAUUAAAGAUGAUUAUAAGAGAGUCAUACGGAAAAUGGCUCAGAACUAUGUUAUUGAAAAAGAUGUUCUCUAUUAUAAAUCUGGCUCCAAAUUGAAGAAGACUGUGAUGGAUGAAUUAGAACGAUUCAAGCUUCUCAAGGAAGCUCAUGUCUUAGAAAAUGGCACUCAUCUUGGACGUUUCCGAACGCUUGCACGUUUGAAUGACUAUUACUGGAAAGGGAUGACAGUGGAUGCUCUUGCUCUCGUAAAGACCUGUCCUGUCUGUGAGCAUGGCAAUGAACGAAGGAAGUCUGAAGGAGAUCCUAAUCCAGCUCAAGAAAGCUUCUUAAAUUUAAUCAAGGAGGCUGAUGCAGAGCCAGCUCCAUUAAAAGAGGAAGCUCAAAUCAAGCUUUAUGAGUGCCUGAAGCAGUUUCUGGUGGGUGGCAACAAGAAGACCGCUAAUAUGACUGCAGAAGAGAUUGAAUAUGCUGAGAAAGAGUCAGCCAGCUAUAAACUCAGUGCAGAUGGUCUACUCUACCAUAUUGAGCAUCAAGGCAUUGAUGGUUUGCGUAAGGUUAUCAUGACUGCUGCAGAAAAACAGAAGAUUCUCACAGAGAUUCACAUUUUAAGAACAGGCAUUCAUCGUGGAGUGGAACGUACGAAAGCAAUUCUGCAUGGCAACUAUUUUUGGGUUGGCAUGAACAGAGACUUAAAGGAAUAUUUGGAAAAAUGUUGUCUGACAAGAGUUUUCCCUGAAGACAAAAAACAGAAAUCCCAGGAAGAUAAGCUGGCCAAAUUUGCAGAAUAUUUCAUGAUGGACAUGAAUCCAGCAAAUGCUGUCGAAGAUCCGACAAACUUGCCUUCAAGUGACAAAGAACCUGAGAACAUACUCACAUCAGUUGGUCUCAAAGAGAAAACCCCAAAUGUCGAAGUAAAGAGCAAUUCUUUGAAGACUUCUGACAAUCGGGGAAAUGAUGAUGCCAUGGAAGAAGCUCUAGUUGAAGCUGCUCAAGCAGCUGAGGCAAAUGUAGCAGCAUCUGCUAAUUGCUUGGAGACUGCUGACAUUGCAGAACCUACUACAACUAUCACUGUGGUUGAGUCCAUCACUACCCCACCUCCUAACACUACAAGUACAUCAGCUAGUGAACCUGAUACGGUCACCAUUACGACUGCCUCGAGUGAAAUAGCCACUACUGAUAGUGUCUCUGCCUCUUCUACUGCCAUACAAUCUGAAAGUCAGGCUGCAGCUUUAACCGAGGCUCAAGCUGUUGAUAGUAAUGUGGUUGAUGCCAGUGAGAUGAUAAAACCAACAGAGGUUGCUUUGCCUGUUUCUGAAAAGGUUGUGAAGACGUACAGUGAGGUUGCCUGUAAUACAGAAGACAGUGACGUAAUUGAUGACCUGGACGAUUCAGAGGAGGAAGACCUGGAUGAGGAAGUAGUGACCUCUAAGGGUGUGUCGGGAAGUUCAGUAAAUACUAUGAUUGUUGUACCAAUUACAUCCGAAACUGGCUCACCAAGCAAUGUAAACCAAACUCCAAAGGUGGUCAGGAGCCUGUCACAGCGUGUGCACCCAAGGCGACUGAAUGAUGAACUGAAAAAGGACUCUAAGAAUGUUCUUGAUGAUGCUGCUGCUAAUGAUAUGGAUGAAGUGCAGAGUGCUGUGAACAAUCUGAAAUCUGAAGUGGAUGACAUUGAAAUGCCGGACGAUGUUGCUACCCUGACUUCGAUGAUCCAACGGAGACAGACCGCAGUUGCCGGGGAAAAUGUUGAGACUCCAGUUACCACUGUGAGGGCUUCAUCUUCUGUAGUGAGCCUAAAAAGGAAUUUUGAAGAGGAGGAGGAAGAGGAGGGUGAACUGGAAGAAGGGGAGGUGAUUAAAGAAGAAUGUGUCAGUUUGAACCCUUCACUGACAGAAUUGGGGAUCCAGAAAGGCGUCAAGAAGGUGAAAGGGAAACGAGGAAAGAGGAAAAAACAACUUGCCUGUAGUAUUUGUGGUGCCUUGUUUGGUGGACCAGUCACAUUACAAAUUCACAUGAGCACUCAUUCUGGCCAGAAACCUUUUGGCUGUGAAGUUUGUGGCAAAAGAUUCACUGAACGUAAAUAUGUUCGCAUUCAUAUGAGACGACACACAGGAGAAAAACCUUAUUUAUGUAGCAUAUGUGGUAAGGGAUUCCCAAGAACACAAUCGCUACAGUCACAUAUGAUGGUCCAUGAGAAAGGAGUUGAGAAUCCACAGAAAUGUGAGGUCUGCAACCGGCCAUUCGCUUCUGAGAACCGCCUGCGUGCACACAUGGAAGCCAAGCAUCCUGCAGUCCCAAAAGUCUACAAGUGUGCUGAAUGUAAUCGAGUCUUCACGGCAAUGCGAAGUCUCAAACGUCACAUUGAAGCUCACAUGGGUCUGAAACGCUAUGAAUGUCAACACUGCGGUAGGCGUUUUCUGAGGAAAGAAUAUCUGCGCAGUCAUGCGUCUCAGCAUACGGGUGAAGUGUCACCUCUUCCCAAGCGAAAGAAAACUACCAUGCCAUGUCCUCAAUUGAAAAUUACUGUUGGCUCCAACACUUACUCAGUAUUCACGUCUGAUGCAGCUGCAGUUACCCCAGAACAACAGGAGACUUGGGUAGCAGCUGAGUUAGUGCAAAAUGAGGAACAGGUACAAGAUCCGAAUGAGACAGCUCGUGCCACAGAAAGUGUAGAGCAGAGUGUUGAGGCUCCACUCUUUUUCAUUGCACCUAAUCAAGUGGAGUACGAGGUGGAGUGUACAUCAAGUGGAGGUACUGAACUCACGGAAGCAGAUCUUACUGCCAUUAAUAUUCUGGCACAAGCCACACUCAAUACUCCUACUGCACUCCCACUCACAUGA